AUGAUUGCUUCCCUCGGAAAACCGAGGGAAGAGAUUCCGUACGAAAAUCGCAAGAAUUUGGCUCCUGGUUUGAAAGGAUAUUAUGUACAUAGACUUCUUGUAAAUGCUGUUGCAAUGUGGGCUUCACCUCGUUAUGCUUGGUAUAUUUACAGACUUCUUGACGAAAUUCAUAGACAAGAACGUGAAGAGAUGGAAAAGAAACUUUCGGCAUUGUUAAAACAUUCGAUGUACUAA